AAAGUUUCUACUUUCUUGCUAUCACACAAUUCUUUUCUCAUUUUUAUUGAUGCUUCAAUGUCUCACCACCACUAUGAAACCAACCCGCAUUUCGUUCAGUUUUCACAGGACCACCAUCCCGGUGGUCCUUCGAGCUCAUGGACCUCCCCAGACCACCACCAGAACUCGCAGACUCACCCAGUUCCUCCAAUUGGGCCGAAAAUAAAGACUCGAGUACGCCAUCAGACCGAGCCACCGGAACCAAUCCAUGAACCACCUUCCUCAAGACCCUUGCCACUGAGGCCAGAAGAACCUCUACCACCACGCUCUGGCAGGCCAUUACUCUUAAGCCCUGAAGAUCAACAACGACCUCCACACCAUGGUGGCUAUAAACCUGAACCAACUCCAUGGUGGACCGCUCAAACACGACCAGCAGCUCAUCAACCAGGUUCGAAGAGGACCGAACCCAUGAAACUGACGGCUACAGUCUGCUGUGCAAUUCUCCUGAUCAUCCUGAUUCUUUCCGGUCUCAUCCUCCUCCUCGUCUACCUCAGCAACCGCCCAAACACACCCUACUUCGACAUCUCAGCAGCAACCUUAAACACCGCGAAUCUCGACAUGGGCUAUUCCCUAAACGGAGACCUCGCCGUCGUGGUAAACUUCACAAACCCGAGCAUGAAAAGCAACGUGGACUUCAGCUACAUCAUGUUCGAGCUCUUUUUUUACAACACACUCAUAGCGACGGAACACAUCGAGCCCUUCAUUGUCCCAAAGGGAAUGUCGAUGUUCACCAGCUUCCAUCUCGUGAGCAGUCAGGUCCCUAUUGAAAUGACUCAGAGCCAGGAGUUGCAGCUGCAGCUUGGAAACGGUCCUGUGUUGCUGAACCUGAGAGGAACGUUUCACGCGCGCUCGGACCUCGGGUCGUUUAUGAGAUACUCUUAUUGGUUGCACACCCGUUGCAGCAUCUCGUUGAAUAGCCCUCCUUCAGGGUACAUACGAGCAAGAAGAUGCAUUACCAGACGCUAGCGUUAUAAGAGCGACGGAGUAUAUUACAUAUUUUUUGUUUGAUGCAUUUGAUAAUUAUAUAGGCAAAUAGAUAGUUUUUUUGUAAUGUUAUGUAUGUUUUCAUGUUUUUUUUUCUGCUAAAUUUAGAAAAAUAAAUUAUAUUGCUAUGUGAAAAUGCAUUUCAUCUUGUAUUUUGAAUAAUAGUUCCAAAAUUGUAUUUA